UUAUCUGGUAACUCAAAAUCGUCAAAUUUUGGCAUGGUUGAUCUCUACAAGACCGAAUAAAAUAAAACCAUUUUCGUAGAAUUAUUAUGAAAAUGGAGUGGAAACCUGAACAAGAAGGAUUAAGACAAAUACUUACACUUCUUAAGGAGUCCCAAUCACCAAACACUGCUACCCAAAGAGCAGUUCAACAAAAAUUGGAAGAAUUGAACAAGUAUCCUGAUUUUAAUAACUACCUAAUUUUCGUUUUGACAAAAUUGGUAUCUGAGGAGGAGCCAACGAGGUCACUCAGCGGUUUGAUUUUAAAGAACAAUGUCAAGGCUCGUUACAAUAGCUUUUUGCCAGAAGUGGCGGAGUUUAUCAAGCGGGAAUGCUUGUCCGCCGUGGGAGACCCUUCACCGUUAAUCCGGGCAACAGUAGGCAUUAUUAUCACAACCAUCGCCAGUAAAGGAGAACUAACUUCUUGGCCAGAACUUCUACCAGCAUUAUGUUCAAUGCUUGAUUCUCAGGAUUACAAUGUGUGCGAGGGAGCAUUUGGAGCGCUACAGAAAAUUUGUGAAGAUACAGCUGAGCUAUUGGACAGUGAUGCACUCAAUAGACCUUUAAAUGUGUUAAUACCCAAAUUCUUACAAUUCUUUCGGCACUCUUCACCUAAGAUAAGAUGUCAUGCAAUUGCUUGUGUCAACUACUUCAUCAUGGGCAGAACACAAGCUCUGAUGUUACAUAUUGAUUCUUUUAUAGAGAACUUAUUUCACUUAGCAGCAGAUGAAGACCCUGAUGUCAGGAAAAAUGUGUGCCAUGCCUUGGUAUUAUUAUUAGAAGUUCGCUUGGAUAGACUCAUACCUCAUUUACCAAGCAUCAUUGAGUACAUGUUAACACGCACUCAAGAUCCUGAGGAAGGAGUAGCAUUAGAGGCAUGUGAAUUUUGGUUAUCACUUGCAGAACAAAAUGUAUGCAGAGAGGUGCUGGGUCCGCGCCUGCCCGCGCUGCUGCCGGUGCUGGUGCGCGGCAUGCGCUACUCGGAGAUGGACGUGAUCCUGCUGCGCGGCGACCGCGACGACGACGCCGACGAUGCGGAGCCCGACCGCGAGUCCGACAUCCGCCCGCGCUUCCACAAGCCGCGCUCGCACACCAUCAAACACAACGCGGGCGCGGGCGACAGCAACAUGUCGGGCGGCGGCGAGUCGGACGACGAGGAGGAGGGCGGGGAUGACGACGGCUCGCUAUCGGACUGGAACCUGCGCAAGUGCAGCGCGGCCGCGCUCGACGUGCUGGCCAACGUGUUCGGCGCCGACCUGCUGCCCGUGCUGUUCCCCAUCCUCAAGGAGACGCUGUUCCACGACGACUGGGUCAUCAAGGAGUCGGGCAUCCUGGCGCUGGGCGCGGUGGCAGACGGCUGCAUGGGCGGCAUGGUGCCGCAGCUGCCGGACCUGGUGCCAUACCUGGUGUGCUGCCUGGGCGAGCGCAAGGCGCUGGUGCGCGCCAUCACGUGCUGGACGCUGUCGCGCUACUCGCACUGGAUCGUGUCGCAGUCGCACGACCUCUACCUGCGCCCCGUCAUGGCCGAGCUGUUAAAACGCGUGCUAGACAACAAUAAACGCGUGCAAGAGGCGGCGUGCUCGGCGUUCGCCACGCUGGAGGAAGAGGCUUGCACGGAGCUGGUGCCGUACUUAGGCCACAUCCUGCAGACCCUCGUAUCUGCCUUCAGCCGCUACCAGCACAAGAACCUGCUCAUCCUGUACGACGCGAUCGGCACGCUGGCCGACUCCGUGGGUCACCAUCUCAACAAGCAGGAAUACAUAAACUUGCUGAUGCCUCCGCUAAUAACCAAAUGGAAUGUUUUGAAAGACGAGGACAAAGACCUUUUCCCACUUUUAGAGUGUUUAUCAUCAGUGGCCACAGCAUUACAAUCAGGAUUCCUGCCAUACUGCGAACCGGUGUUCAAGAGAUGUGUAUCACUCAUAGAACAGACAUUAAAUCAAAACAUUGCCAACACACAGAGCCCGGAGCAGUUCGAGGCGCCGGAUAAAGACUUCAUGAUAGUGGCGCUGGACUUGCUCAGCGGACUGGCGGAGGGCUUGGACGGACAUAUCAACCACUUAGUGCUCAACUCUAACCUGAUGCAGCUCUUGUACCAGUGCAUGCAGGAUCCUAUGCCCGAGGUGCGGCAGUCGUCGUUCGCGCUGCUGGGCGACCUGACGAAGGCGUGCUUUCAGCACGUGCUGCCCUACAUCCCCGAGUUCCUGCCCAUCCUGGGCAUGAACCUCAACCCCGAGCUCAUCUCCGUCUGCAACAACGCCACCUGGGCGAUCGGCGAGAUUAGCAUCAAACUGGGUCCUGAAACAUCAAAAUAUAUACCUCUAGUACUGAGUCAUCUAGUAGAAAUUAUCAACAGGCCGAGCACUCCAAAAACACUAUUAGAAAACACGGCGAUUACUAUCGGUCGGCUAGGUUAUGUGUGCCCCCACGACGUCGCACCCGUUUUACAUCAAUUUGUACGCCAGUGGUGCACGUCGCUGCGCAACAUCCGCGACAACGACGAGAAGGACUCGGCGUUCCGCGGCAUGUGCCAGAUGAUCCAGGUGAACCCGGGCGGCGUGGUGCCCGACUUCAUGUUCUUCUGCGACGCCGUGGCGUCGUGGUCGCACCCCAAGGACGACCUGAAGGAGAUGUUCACCAAGAUCCUGCACGGCUUCAAGGCGCAGGUGGGCGACGAGAACUGGCGCCGCUUCGCCGACCAGUUCCCCGUGCAGCUCAGCGCGCGCCUGGCCGCCAUGUGCGGCAUAUAGGCGCCUCCGGGGGAACCAUGGGGAACCAAUGUCAGCACGGGUCGGGAAGACAUUGACGGCGACGGCUCUCGCGCCGCGCCCGCCGCACCAGUACCUGAGCCGCACACACAGACUCGCUUACAUUAAGUGUAUUGUAUGGACAACGCUCGGGGAACCCUUGUGGAGGGCGGUCGGCGCGCGGGGAGCGUCGCGGGGCGCUGGGCUUACUUGUUAGUGAACGUGAACCUGAACGUCGCGCGUUGCGAGCUUGCGUGCCGUUUAUACGCAGUAGCACAUGUGCAGUUGUCGCCUGUUGUAGUUCACGCGCCGCCGCAUCGCGGUGUUGUCAGAGACGUGGUCGGUAAGGAGUGUGACCAAAUUGCGCGACAACUAAUAUAUGUAGACAUCAGUCGUAAUGCAAGCAGCGCCGCGCGAGUCUGACGUGGCACUACAGUUUAGGCAGUACAAUUUUUAGUGACGCUUACGAUUCAAAAGUUUCAUGCCUAGGUUUAUUUAAGUUCUGCAUGUUAAUUUCUGUUGUUUCUGCAACAACAUCUUUUAGGAGCGUUUUGCUUUAAAAUUAUGUUAGAAAGUAGCAUUUUUUUCGUAUGGAAAUUACGAAUGCCGUGUACAAUUUGGUCACACUUAAUUUUUUGUGCGCACAUAGGCAGACCGCAAUGCAACGCAAAAUAUGCUUGAAUUGAUUUCAUACAUUUUUUUAUUUACUAGCAACACGGCUGCAACCACCACAACGCACCGGAUUUUGUUUCGCUAGUACACGAUAGUUCGUAAUAACUGUAUGAAACCGAUUAAAAACUGCUUUUUAUACGUUUGUGUUGCCGUGCGGUCCACCUGUGUGCGCGCUCGUAUUUCUUACGUAAACCUUAAAAUAGCCGUAGUUCGUAUGUGAGUAUGGUUAAAUAUUUUUUUAAUUGGUUUUAACACGGACAUGAACGUCUACCUUAUGUUCCAGAAAAUCGUAACUCAUUCGUCGCAGUAAUAUAUUGUCAUAGUGGAACGUUUUAAAAUGUUAACGUUUGUAUUGAGGUUUAGAUUUACAGUCGCACGCGGCAUCGGACCGACGCGACGUCUCACUGGACAAUGCACAUUGAACAGUGAAAGUUUCACUGCAGUUUUUGAUUAGCAUGAUUGUAAUUUACCUGAUUUAUCACUAAAGCUUCUGGUGGAGCCGAUGUUCUGCCUUUAUAUUUUAAUUAUCCUUCGACGUGCGCUUGUGUUUACUUCAACAAUGACUAACAUUUAUAUUGAUUAUAAACCUUUUAGAUGUUAAAUAUAAAGUUUGUAAUAGUUUUGGAAAAUGUAUACCGAUAAAUGAUUGUAAAAUGUUAAUAUCUUAAAGUUAUACAUAUUUGUCAGAAAGCAUUUAUUCACUCCUCCGCUGAACUUUUUUUUUAAUUAAAAUAUAUUUAAAAAUAUGUAAAAUUGAUGUGUUAACUACUAUUUUAAAUAUAAAUUACAAGACUUAGUGAAAAUCGAGAAUUUAUAUCAACUGUGAUUUGCGACUGGUUUAUUUUGACUAAUAUAUUAUUAUGUGUACGAUUAUAAUAUGUCUGUGUCAGUGUAGAUAAUAGAUUUAUACCGCUUUGAUAGAUUUUAUGUGGGCUAGAUUUCUGCUAUAUUAUAUACCAAAUAGUAUUUUUACGUUGUAUUUUGUUUUAAUGGAUUUAUAUGUCGAAGUUGCCCUCGUGGAACGGUGAUUGUAAUUUAUUUGAUUUAUGUUUCACAUAAUAUAAUGAUAUUUAUUCUCACUUAAUGGGAUUGUAGACCAAAUUGCGUGAUUUAAAUCAACCUCACAUAAUGUAUGAACGGUUCCUUUCUAAUAAAGUUGGUAUAUAUUUAUAUUAUGAUAUUACGUAACGGCUAAUACAUAUUGACAAUAUUACAAUCAACUUUAUAUAGAUUCCACGAGGGAAACUUACACAAUUGAUAUAAAGUAUUAUUUGUGUAUAUUUAAUAAUAGUAAUAUUAUGUAUAUGUAAAUACAUAUUGAGUUGUAUAUUAUUAUAUUAUUGCAUGCUAAUAAAAUUGUUACUUUUUUGUUUUAAAAAAGCUAAAAAGUCUGACUUUUAACCACUUGUUAUUGAGACAUUUAUUUUUCUUUUUCAGAUACAGAACAGGCUCCGUUCUGAAGUUUGCUCAAGUAGAAAAACAAUAUACUUACAUAAUUAUUAUAUUACUUCAAAAUAAACAACUUUGGAUUUAGUUUAAAAAUAAAUUCAAAAUUGUUCGAGACUUAUUCCUUUGAUAUUACUAAUUAUAAAAAAUGCUUCGAAAGAUUUAAUCCGCCCUGGAUUGAGAGCUUUAGAUCGGAGCCUGUGUAAUGUGGGGAUCUGAAAAUUAGUAGUUCGAAUGAACAUUAGUAUAUUUUGCAAUCGUAGGGUUAAGUGUGCAGUGGAAUAUAAUAGAGGUUUUCGGGGAUACAGUAAAUUUUACAUUCCUUGGGAGUACAUUUUUGCCCUUGUUAAUUUUUUAAUAGUAUUUUCAAGAAAAUUUCGGGAGCCUAUUAUAUAUUAAUUGUUGUAUACAACUAAAUUGUGUGUAAUGUUUCUAUAUAUAUUUACCCCACAAGUGCGUCCUCGGAUCCUGAAAUCCUAGUCAGUUCCUACAUCCUGAAUCCUGUCUAGUCCCAUUCCUUGUCAAGUGCCAACGAGCCCAGUGUGGAUGAGCGAUUGGUUUGUGAUUCUGACGACAAGCGCGCGUGGACGAUUUAGUGUCGGCACUUUGACUAUCAAUUCACUACGCAUGAAUAUAAUAUUAGCUAUCGGAUAUCGUGCAAAUAAAAUCAAGUCUACGGGGACAACCUUCAGCCACACUAGUAAUAUCGGUCGAUCAUAAAAUCGAUCAUGCGUGCUUAUUUGGAAUGCGAAGGAUAAAAUAUUUUGGUAGCUCUUAUCUCAAAACUAUGAAAUAAAAAAUUUAAAAUGUUAUUGUGUAAGUGAAACACGUUUUGAAUAUUAUACGGGUGUCCUCGUAAUUUAUUUUUAAGGCUAGUAAUUUUUGUCAACAUUAUUAAACGUAGUAUUGUUUUCCUAAAAACCGUGAUAAUAGCUGAUUAAGUGAUUGUCUGAGCGUGUGAGUGAGCGGGACGGCGUUCGUGAGGCACGAUUCCUAUCCUCGAGGCAUAGUUUUUAUGUAUUUUAGUUGUUUUGAACACGAGCAUGAGUUGCGUAUCAUGCGGCACAUACAUUCAUAUAGUAGUUUUGUGUUGUGAAUUAAUAUUAUCUUAAACAAAUUUUGUCGUGGUUAAGACAUCAAUGGCGUUAAGACCAAAACCCUGUUACUUUUUUUUAAUAAUUUGGCGAUUAAGAACAUCCUGUUCCUACUCUAUUAUAAUGAACUGAUUAAAAAAUCAACAAAUAUUAAGACUGAAAAUUAUAUUUUAAAAAGUAAAAUAUUAAUUCAUUUGUAUCAUCUGUUUCUGCUCACCGCGGAACAAAGUCGCCAAAUAUAUUUAAACGUUUCGCCAUGAUGAACAUUUUUAUCCGUUCACAAUUCGUAAAAGUAGUAGUAAUCGUGCAUGUAAUUGGAAUGUACAAAUGUUAUAUAAUAAAGUAACCAUGUAAUAAAAUAAUAAAUAGAUAAAAUUGCACAGUUUACCUAAAAUUGUUUUUAUAUAAUUUAUUGUACGUUUAAUCCGUAGUACUUUAGUUACAUCAUUUACGAUAUAUAUUUGCCAUCUAUAAACUAAAUUAUAGGGAUCGUACUUACGUAUCUAUUUUGAUAUUCGUGUUAUAUUUAUUAUACUAACUUAUAAGUAAGUAUUUUCUGUACCGAUUAUAUAAUUAUUUAUUACAAUUGUUUUACCUGUUUCAAACAAAUUGACACCGUACCUACUCAGUUGGUAUACUUUUUUCUUAUAAAAGUAUGAAAUUAUUUUUGUAUAAAAAUAAGGGCUAACAAGGCAAAAUUGGACGUGAGAUUAACUAGGUGUAUAGACGGCCAAAAGGCGGUCAAUUUUAAAAAAGCAAUGUCCUGUUAUUAGUGCUGAGUUUAGAAAUAAGUUCUAUCGCAAGUUAUUGACUUUUAAAAUAUGUUACUUAAAGUAAACUGAGGAUUAAUUUUUCAUUGAAGUGUCUAAUAUUCUUUCGGAGCUAGUGUGAUUACUUCAAUAACUAGUAGCCCAGAAAGAAAUAACAUCACACUGACGUUACGCAGUCUUGCCUGUCCUAUCCUUAUCUAUUUCUCUCUACCUCUAGAGUUUUUGUACUUAAAUCGCGAAACCAGAAGCUCGCAAAAGCUGGAGCGAGGCGAGCAGACAUCUGUAGCGAAACGAAGGACGAGCAGGUGAAGCUAAAUGAAGGGAUGGCGGAGCAAACGUUCAUAUCCCAAUCAAAAGACAGUCAGCCAAUCAGCAAAGUACCACUAACGGCAUACUAGACAUUUCCAAUAAAAACUGGACCUAAUUAGUUUUAGGAAACAACUAAAAGCUAAACUUGUAUAAGUCGCAUUAGUUCUUAAGUCCCCACUAGUGGCAGGAUAUUUUUUUUAUAAAACAAAUAUGAGUCGCCGUCUAGACGCUGCCAAAGUUGAAUUAAUUUCAAAUAUGCUUGUUAAUAACAUGUUGGACUACAAUAUUUGAUUCGUUCUGUGAGUACAGUUUAAUGGUUAUCUAUGUCGUAAAUAAAUUGAUCUAUUACUCUAGGUAAGUCAACACUACCUCUUAAGCAAGGCCUAAUCACAGGCGUAGACGCACCCGCAAAAAAAUGUAAUGUGUUUUGUAAAAAUAUUGUUUCAUCCAAAUCUGUACUCACUGUUUUACUAAAUUGUACAUGAUUUGUCACUGUUACAAUUAAUUUGCAGCAACUGCGGAAUUGUUAAGUGUAACUUAUUUUAUAAGUUCUGGUUGUAAUAAAAUAACCUCACCACAGACAUUACCAUACAUUUCGUUAAUAAAGCACUCAUUGUUCGAUAAA